CUAUAAUUUUUACCGGCCAGGCCAGGCCGGUAAAAUACCGGCCAGGUGGCAACCCUAGUCGGGUGGGCAUUGUAAUGUUGGGGGCUGGUGGAUGAUGUCAUGGGGCAGAGAGGGUAAUGCUCCGAGGGUGUACCUGUCCAGAUUUCUUAAUUUGUAAAUAAGAACAGCCAUUUUUUCACCUGGACUGUCCUUGUGAAAACUAGUCAGGUGGCAGCCCCACACUGAACAGGCUCCAUUUUUAUGCACUUGAUGCACAUUAAAAAUAUUAUAAAAUAGAGAAAUGUCCGUUGAACAAAACAUACUUACCUGUAUUUAAAGAAACACAUAAACAUGUGAUAUCUGGAUUUCCAGGUUGGAUGAUAUCACAGGCAGAGGCAGCUAAGGUGCAGGAGCUGGCUGACUUGAAAGGAAUGUAGCCAAAACAAGGGGAAGAGUUCUAUUAUCCUCUAAACUACUUUGCCAUAGCUCUAAAUGUAAAUUGCCAUGGGUAUGUCACACAAAGUACAUGUUGAAAAUUUCUACAAAUGCGUUUUCAUACAGUUAUGUAAUAUGAGUGACAUAGACACUGAAAUUUACAUUUAGGACAGUGGCAAGGUAUUUUGGGGAGUUUUGUGUCCCUUGGAUGUGCCAGUGGGCCAAAUUUCCCAUUGCUCAAAGAGCUGCCAACUCAUUUAUAUAAACCACAACACAUAAAAUCCUUACUACUCUCCAAGAUGGCUGCACAACCUCCCACACCAACAUUUUUUUACUUUCCAUGUAUUAAGCAUUAUUCUGUUAUUGUGACACCUGGUGUGUCUUGGUCACAAUGUGCAGCCCCAAUUUACGUGACUCAUAUGUAAGAGCAAUCAAGUAGCUCCUCCGCUUCAGGAAGCCCAGCGGUGCCAUAACAGAAGGCACAUCACUUGCGCCUCUCUCAUUACUCCUUGUUCUCCUCCUGUGAAAGCAGCAAGUUCAGCUGAAAGGUUUUCCCUUAACCUGCAUCGCUAUCAAAGAGGUCACCUGCCGAGUCAGAACAUUUUUUGUUUCCUAUAGUAAAUACAGGAUCCGUGCCAUAUGGCACACCUUGUAUUUCAUACCACACAAAUAUCUGACUUUAUCUCUAUCCGCCUCAUUUGUGGACUUUGAGUUCUGCUGACUACUUUGGCAUGGAUGCAACUGGCUCACUACAUGAUGACCAUGGGUGUUUUUGAAGAUUGUGUGUUCUUCCUUAAAGUGACUAAUUUAUCCAUUAAAGAGAAGGAAGCAUUGCACAGCUCAAUAACUUCAAAUGGAGGUGGUGUAUCUUUUAUACUGAAUCACAAGUGCACUCAUGUGUUGGUGGAUACCACUGGCUCUCUAAGUGAUUCCCAACUGAAAACUGUCCAGAAGCAUCAGAUUCUAAUUGUAGAAGCAGAUUAUGUGGGGGAAUGUAUAGAGAAGCAGAGCCUUAUUAAAAAUUAUCAGUAUCCAAAGGGUGUGCCACCAAGUGAAAAACAAGCACAGAUGAUGCAAGCAGAUCACAAGAAUACACUGUAUACAAUACCGAGCUCAAGGGAAAACAAGAAUAAUAUACAGGACAGGGAUCAUUGGAACGAUGAUGAAAAUAAUAUCACUGAUCCUCCCAAUGCUGAGAUGGUAAAAUACUGUUUCCUUCAAAAAGGAUCACAAGUGGCUGUUUUCGAGCUGUUGCGCUUUCCAGAAUCAUCAUCAUUCAGAAUAUGUACAAUAGUCUGCCAUCUCAAUGGAUCAGAGAGAGACUGCUGCUUUCAGUUCGCAGACAAUAUUGAGUUGGCUUGUCAUAAGUAUGAAAGACGCAUUGAAGAGCUAAAAAAGGAUGGCUACAAGGUUAUGAAAAGGAUUCCAAAAGAUAUUAUAAAAUCCCUAUCAGAGACACUGCAGAAGGUGUUAAUCGAAGACAACAUAAUUCUGCCCAAAAUGUCUCUGGAGGUCAAGUAUUUUGUGGAAACAGUUUGGACUGAGGCUCUCAGUCACAUGGAAAAGAUCCUCUCUUGCCCAGUAAACAGCAUCAAUCUCAUGGAUGUAAACAAAGCGGAGGGAGUUCUACUUUAUGUGAGGAAAUUACUGGACACAGGAACAGAAUCUGCUGAAAUAAAGAAAGUAAUGGCUGAGUUUUAUCAGCUCAUUCCCCAUAAGGAACCUGUGCUGGCCAAUAUUGAUGUGAAGCUUCUGUUGAUAAAGAUGGAUUUGUGUCAGCUUAUUCGAGACAUUGUGAAUGUGUGUGAGAUAAACUUUGGAGAUCUCAACCCAAGCAGCUUUGCAAAGUACCGUGCCCUGCAAUGCAGAAUAGAGCACAUUGAUCCUGAGUCUGAGGAGUUUCUUCAGGUGUCACAGCAAAUUCUGAAGAACCAACACGGUGAAGAAAUGAUUAAAAUAAUAAACUUAUUCCACAUUUCAAAACCAAGCGAAGCUGUGGAAUUUGAAAGAAAUCUUGGGAACAUCAGGUCCCUCAUUCAUGCAUCCUCACCUCACAGUUUUGUUGGGAUCCUUUACCGCGGGCUGCUCUUGCCAAAAUUCAUUGAAGAUGAUUCGGGUUUGCUGAGAACCGAUUCAGGAAAUCAUGGAAGUGGAAUUUAUUUCAGCAAUUCAAUAAGUUCAAGUGUUAAAUACGCAGAACCCUCUAUAACCAAUGGGGCACGUCUCCUGGUGGUCUGUGAUGUGGCUCUUGGUAACUGCAAGAAUGUCUACAAGAGGGAUUUCUCCUUAACUGCAGCUUCAAGUGGCUUUCACAGUGUUCAAAGUGUCCGGCAAAUUCCAUAUGCAAGAAUAGAUUUCAAGGAUGAAGAAUUUUUGGUGUAUAAGAAGGAUCAAGUGAGAAUGAGAUAUGUUGUUCAGUUCUGCACCGAUAAAGACACUGUGAACAUGGAACACAAUAAACUUCCUAUGGAGCUGGAGAACAUAGAAGAAGAUGGUGAAAGAGAACAAGUGCAAUCAGAUGAUGAAGAAGAGAAAGUGCAAUCAGAUGAUGAAGAAGAGAAAGUGCAAUCAGAUGAUGAAGGAGAGAAAGUGCAAUCAGAUGAUGAUGGGGAACAAGUACAAUCAGAUGAUGAAUCAGAGAAUGAGCCACCAAUGAAGAGCAUAAUACAUGGUCUUCAGAGCAUUGAUGGCAAGCAGAUUCCUCAGGAUAGUGUUCAUGUAAAAGCCAAAAUAAUAGAUAUCGCUGCAGAGGUUACACUUUUCCAGACAUAUGUAAGUCAUUCUACGGACCCCAUAGAGGCUAAAUAUGUUUCUCCACUGGACAGCAAUGCAACUGUAUGUGGAUUUGAAGCAUUUAUAAAUGGAAGACACUUUAUAGGAGAGGUUAAAGAAAAGGAGCGGUCACAUGAGGAGUACAGGGCGGCUAUCAGCGAGGGACAUGGUGUUUAUUUUAUGGAAGAGGAGGCUGAUGGCAUCUUCUCAGUGAGUCUUGCAACCCUGCCUCCAGAAGCCACUGUCAUCAUUAAAGUCACCUACUUAACAGUGCUGAGUCGGGAUCAAGAUAGCCUUCCUGUACGAUUCCUCAUUCCCCCUACAGUGACAUCUUGGGAAACGAAUGAGAAAGAAUACACUCAGUAUGAAGGUGUGGAAAACCUUGCGCCAGAGGGUUGUUUCUCUCUGGAUCUAUCUAUUGAGAUGCCUUGCAAAAUUGAAUCUUUUUAUUGCAAAACACACCUGAUUAAAGUAAAAAAAACUGACCGUAAAGCUGUGAUCACAUCAAAAGACAUUGAUAUGAACUCUACAGGCUUUUGUCUGGAUAUCACAUUGGAAGAAUAUUCGUUUCCUAGAUUGUGGGUUGAAAAACACCCUGAUGAAGACAGUGAAGCAUGCAUGCUGGUGUUUCACUCCAGUCUCGAAGAUACAUUUGAUAAAUGGAAUGUAACAAUCUGCCUUGAUUGCUCCAAUUCUAUGGAAUCCUGUUUUGAAACGGCAAAGCAGAUCGCUCUAACUGCAGCUCGUAACCUUCUUGUAUACCACAAGCUAAAUGUAGUCCUUUUUGGAACAAAUUAUAUGGAAUUGUAUGCCUAUACAAAAUCACACCACUAUGAGCAAUUGGAGUUGCAAGAGUUUAUCAACCUGGCAAAGCCAAACAUGGGGAGCACAGAACUGUGGAAAUUUUUGCAGGCCUUAACUUUGCAGCCUCCAUCCACUGGAAUGCAUAAAAUUCUUCUUAUAUCUGAUGGACACAUACAGAAUGAAAGUCUUGUUUUUAAAAUCCUGAACCAGAAUGCUGGGAAAAUGAGUAUAUACGGCUGUGCUGUUGGUGCAACAGCAAAUCGUCAUAUGCUGAGUUCUUUGUCACAACAAAGUCAUGGUACCUGUGAAUAUUUUGAAGAUGCAACUAUAUUGGAAACAAAAGUGUCUCUGCAGACUUUGAGAAUAUGCUUAUCUUCAUGCCAGGAUAUUUCUGUUAAGUGGCAGCAAGCUAAUGAAAACUAUCCAAAACCAGUACAAGCUCCAGCACACAUUGCCCCUUUGUUCCCUUAUAAGCACCUCCUGGUUUUUGCAUUUGUUCCUGAUUGCACUCAGGUGACAUUUAAAGCUUUAUGUAAAGAUCAAGAGCUUGACACUGUGGUCUCAGAUGGCGAAUUACAGAAAACGACAGGAACGAUGCUUCACAGAAUGACCGCUAGAGCAAUUAUUAGUGACUGUGAGGGUGGAAUCCUUCAUUUAAAAGAGCAUGAGCACGAGAUGAAAAAACAACAAUUAAAACCCUUUAUUAUUGGUCUUAGCAAGAAGUACUCAAUUGUGAGUCAAUUUACAAGCUUUGUUGCCGGAGAAAAACAAGAUGAGCAGGGAAAUCAGGAGAACUGGGUGCAGAAAGUGCUUGAAAUGAUUUCAGCAAUAAAUGUUGACAUUCUACCACACAUGGACUGGGAUCGUAAAAAACAGAAAACUCCGUGGCAGAAAACUAUCCGCUAUAGAAAUAUAAUGUGGAGAGCAGGUUAUUUUCGAACCGAUGAGGAAAGACCUGGCAGUUGUGACCACAGUUCUGAUGGUGAAGAAGGAUCUGAUCCAGUGACUCCUCAUACUGCACAUGAAGAUCCCACAGCACCAAAGACUUCCUCAUUGUCCCAUAAAGAAGGAAAAUGUCCAUCUUUUUCUUCACUGUCUGCUCUACAGUGUGAGGAGGGAUACUGGCAGCUGAAUGAAGCUCUCGGAUCUUUGAUAAACAUCAAUGUCAACUACUUGUGCAAUGACUUUUUAGUAAAAAAUGGUAUCCAGUCCCUUGGGAGAAAAGGAAAGGAGGAGAUUCCAAAACUCAUUGCCACAUUAUUGGUGCUGCAAGUAAUCCGCACUAAUAACUUGCAGGGCAUAAAGUGUAGGACUUUGAUGUCACUGGAUGAAUCUUCCUGCGCCAGCCAUUUCCAGCAGACAACUGAGAAAGCCAUGGAAUGGGUGAAAAAGAGAGACAAUCAGUAUCCUGGCAUCUGUUAUCGACUCGGCUUGGGCAAAGACUGGGAAUCUGCCACCCGGAAGUUAUUGUCCAUUGAUCCAGUGGAUCCUUCCUCUGAUCUUUAUCCUGCUCUGACCAGUGACACAACCAACAUUUAACUCAAAUCAUUGUUACUGUUUGGGGUAGAACUGGACAGAAUAAUGUGGUGGGAUGAGCAGGUGCCACAUCCAGUAGCCUAUACAGAACUCAUAAUCACACUCCCUUCUCUAUUCUUCUUGUCUCUUUCCAUGUUAAUUAAACAUAUGAAUAAACA